AAAGGGUAGGGACCAGACCAAGUUGAGGAUAUAGAAAUUUGAGUGUCUAAUAUCAUUCUCAUAUCCUCAAGAGCUUCUCAGAAGGAGAGAGAGAGAGAGAAAUGACUAUAUCUUCCCUUAUUUGCAGGCCACCUCUAUCGAAUGGAUACCCAUCUGCUUUGUUACACUCCCAUACCAAUGGAAACUCCCUAAUACCCGUGAGAAGAAGAUAUUUACAAAGGUUAAGAGCAUGUUCUUAUCUGGACGGCGUUCAGUCAAAUGGUCCUCUCAAUUCAGAAGAAGUUAUUAAUGUCUUGAAACACGGUGCAAUUGAUACCUCACCACUGGUGCAAAGAUUGGUGCUGUUAGAUUUAGACCCUGGCACAGCAAAACUGGCAAUCAGCUUUCUUGGCCCAUUCCUAUCAGCAUUUGCCUUUCUGUUCAUUUUGAGAAUAGUCAUGUCCUGGUAUCCUAAGCUUCCAGUUGGCAAGUUCCCAUAUGUCAUAGCUUAUGCACCCACAGAGCCCUUUCUUGGCGCAACACGAAAAUUGAUUCCUCCGCUUGCUGGAGUUGACGUGACUCCUGUCGUUUGGUUUGGAUUAGUUAGUUUCCUUAAUGAGAUUUUACUAGGCCCUCAAGGGCUUCUUGUCCUCCUAUCUCAAAAACAGGUUUAGCUCCUUAAUAUUUUUCUGUCACCUAGAGAAAGAAAUCCUUUUGUAUUGUAGUUGUUCAAUUGCACAUAAUAUCUGUCCAGAUGAAAUUAACUACUAGGACCCCUAUUUUGUAUAAUUGGAGUCUGUGCAGCUUGUGGUUCAUCCAUACAAUUUUUACAUUUCCCUGAGCACAUACAACAUAUUUUAAUAAAAGAUCCCGUGUCCCUGUGAAUUA